CGAUAUUCCGUGUCCCAAACGGCAUCGGCAACGGCUAGGACUGCGCGAGAGCAAGCAAUCAUGAGCGAUAUCGAGACGGGGUUCAAGGGCGCCAUCCGUGCCCACGAUGUCGAAGACACGCAGUCCUCGAAGGUGUCGAUCGAGGUCGGACAGGAACAUCUUGCUGGCGUCGUGCCGCCUCAUGCGUCGUAUGAGGGCUUCCACCGCUUCGAUCCGACCGCCACCUGGACCGAGAAAGAGGAGCGACGAUUCUUCGGUCUCCAGCUCGACCGUGGCAAUCUGUCAAAUGCAUUGACGGACAACUUCCUCAAAGACUUGAAUAUGUCGAGUAACGAUUACAACAACGGAACCACCAUCCAGCUCGUAUGCUUCUUGUCCGCGGAAUUCCCCGUGCAGCUUCUCAUCAAGAGAUACGGCUUCAAGCGGGUUCUGCCUGUGAUGAUGAUCUGCUGGAGUACCGUAUCCUGGGCGCAGGCCUGGAUGACCAGCCGGGCGGGGUUCUACGUGACCCGCGCAUUGAUUGGGGCGUUUGAGGGCGGCUUCAUCCCCGGAACUAUUUUGUUUGCGACCUACUUCUACAAGACGAAGGAGCUCUCCGUGCGCCUGGGUUUCUUCUGGUCGACGCUAAACGUUGCGCGCAUUAUUUCAUCUCUGCUCGCAGCGGGGAUUCUCGAGAUGCGCGGCAUGCAGGGCAAGCCCGGAUGGUUCUGGCUGUUCCUGAUCGAUGGACUCAUCACCUUCGUUAUCGGCGUCGUCAGCCUCUUCUACCUCCCCAGCUCACCGACCAACACCACGAGCCUCCUCUGCCCUAAGACCUGGUACACGGAACGCGAAGAAGUGAUCAUGAUCAACCGCCUCCUCCGCGACGACCCCUCGAAAGGCCUCACACACAUAAACGAGUCAGCAACAGUGCACGACAUCCUCUCAGCAUGGAAAGACCCAUCAAUGUGGGGCCUCUACCUGAUCGGACUGGUCGCCUACAUCCCACAAGGGCCGGUAUCAUCAUACCUGUCGCUAACGCUGAAGAGACUGGGCUUCACGACGUUCCAGUCGAACAUGCUCUCGAUCCCGUCGGCGGCGCUGCAGAUCAUCCUGAUGCUGCUCCUGUGCAAGAGCAGCGACUACUUCGGCGACCGCACGUGGCACAGCCUACUCGGCGAAUUCUGGUCGCUGCCGCUGCUGGUCGCGCUGCUGUGUCUCCCCGCCGGCGGCGACAAUUGGGCCCGCUUCGCCAUCACCACCCUGAUCUCCGGGUAUCCGUACUUCCAUCCGAUCGUCUCGGCGUGGAUCUCGGAGAAUACCUUCGACGUUAAGAAGCGCGCUAUCACGGCGGCCACCUAUAACGUUAUCGUGCAGGUGGGGUCGAUUAUCUCGUCGCGUGAGUCCAUGAUCUACCGCUCAAGUGAUUCCCCCUACUACUACACCGGUAACAAGGUCCUCGUCGCGCUGUGCGUCUUCUCCAUGGCUGUCUUCGUCGCCCAGCGCGAGUAUCUCCGGUACCUGAACCGGCAGAAGGAGAAGAAGUGGGCUCUCAUGUCGCAGGAGGAGCGCAUCCUCUACCAGGCUGAUAAGGAGACGAGAGAGAGAGAAGGGAACAAGCGGCUUGACUUCCGCUUCAAGUAUUAG